AAUCGAACUUGUUGAUGGAUGACGUCACUACAGCUGGUGCAAUACGAAUUUGGUGAAAUUAGUAAAACAUUUUUAGUUUAUUUAACUAAUUUUUAGAGUGGGUGUCGAGUCUGUAGAAAGAUUCCAACGCUUAUAUUCUACAUUUAAAAAUAUACCUCUGUCACAAUGUCCCACAACAUUAAAAUAUUACCAGGAGCUACAGUUUGUGAGGACUGCACCCUCGAAGGCGAUAUAACCAUUGGCGGAGGCACAGUCAUUCAUCCUCGCGUAACAAUCAUAGCUGAAGGUGGUCCAAUAAUCAUUGCUGAAUAUUGCAUUAUUGAAGAAUACUCUACCAUAAUACACAAAAAGUGUGAUGACCAAGAGGUUCCACCAAAACCUUUGUUCAUCGGUGCCCAUAAUGUGUUUGAAGUCGGCUGUCGGUUAGAGUCAACCUUUGGUCACGUCGGAGAGAGCAACCUGUUUGAAUGCAGAUGUUUUGUUGGUGUAGACGUUAAAGUUGGAAGUGGAUGUGUAAUAGGUGCAGCAUGUCAUCUUACAGCCCCUCAGACAUUGACGGAUAAUACAGUUAUAUGGGGCUCUGAGCACCACAUACGGGAAGCAUUAGAGAAGCAGCCCUCGCAGCUCCUCCAACUGGACUUCUUGAGUAAAGUGAUGCCGAACUAUCACAGGCUGAGGAAACCUAACGUCCACAAACGGCCACCGUCAGCACGCCAGUCUCAGUCACAAGAGACUUCCCCUAAACCAUGAACUUCUAACAAUAACCAGAUAUUUACUAAAAUAUUUAUAUCACUGCUUGUGGCGCUCUGUGAUCUUCAAGUAUUUCGAGUUACUCAAGCAAAAAAGUGCAACUAAGUUAACAAUUUUAGCUCUAGUAUUUAUCUUUAUGUUAUUUCAGGAUGUUAGGACUCUAGGUGUCAGACCAAAGUGGCUGAGUGAUACACAUUUUGAAAGAAAGAUUUGAUACAUAUAUGUAUUGUGUUUAAAAGUCAUGUAGCUUUAUUUUUUAACCAAACUGCACCUAUUGAUGUAUUACAUAAUUUAUAUUUUUACAUUACAAAUUACAAUAACUAAGUUUCUAAAGCUUCGCUGAAUAAAGUUUAUACUG